GUCAGGAGCCUGGGAAGGGACUGCCCGCAAGGAGGGUGUGGCCAGGCCUCACACCCUCCCUCCUCCAGACUGCCCCUGGUGACAGGGCAGGAACCCGCUGAGUUCUCUGCAUGGGGUCCCCAGUGCCAGGAGGCUGGAGCUGGGAGCUAGAGGCCAGAGACAUGAACAAAAUCUUCCCCCAGGGAGAUGGCAAUGGCAAUGCUGCUGCUGGAACCAAAGCCCUCCCUGGAGGGGAAGGCUUUGGCUCCCUCUGUUGCUCACGCCGAGGCGCCUGCCUCUCAGCCUUCUUGCUCCUGCUUCUGGUGACUCUCGCAGCCCUGAUCGCCCUGGUCACCAUCCUUGGACUCCCCCCGCGCACACCAGGCGUCCAGACCUGUGUGACACUGAUGAACAGGACAGGCUUCCUGUGCCACGACCGGAGGAGCUGCGUCCCAGCCAGCAGGGUCUGUGACGGCGUCCGCACCUGUGCCCAGGGCGAGGAUGAGGACGAGGCCAUGUGCUGGGAUGUGCCCCAGAGCCUCCCCAGCUUCCUCGUGGCCCGCUGUGGAGACCCGUCUUCCUGGAUCUACUCGGACCAAAAGUGUGAUGGCAUUAACAACUGCGGGGACUGCUCAGAUGAACUGAGCCCAGUGACUGCAUGCCCACCCUGUGGCCCCGGCUGGUGGCGCUGCCCCUCCACUGUCUUCAAGUACUGUGACUGCAUCCCAAGGGUCCUGUGCCGUGACCACAAGCAGCACUGCUCCGACUGGUCUGAUGAAUACUCCUGUCCUGGACCCUGAGGGGGCCACCCGGGCCAGGCUGGGAGGCUGGCUGGAACGGCACUCAUAACCCUUCACACGAGCAUCACAUCCAAGAACGCGAGGGCAGGAAGGAGGCUACAAGAUCAUCUAGUGGGACCAUGCACCACUGCCUGUGAACAAGAAUCCCCUCUCCUGGGGGGCGCCUGGGUGGCUCAGUCGAUUAAAUCUCAAACUCCUGA